AUGUCUUUGCACAUCUAUAUCGCCCACUCGGGUGAGCAUUUACUUGCCGACCCGGUGUCGUUUGCCUCCCCGGAUGCACUCCGAUCAUGGAUCACUCGCAACACGUCAGUUCCGCCUCAGAGGCAGAUCUUGAUGACUGCCCGUGGGAAAAACGUCAAGAUUCAAACACUCGCCACAGAGGAUGAAAUAUUUGUGUACGACCGGCGACACGUUACUGAACAAAACAACGCCGAGCUGCCAGAGCUUCCACCACCGCAACCGUUCAGCCUCGACAACCCACCCGAUAUCCUCAAAGACCAAAAUGACCUACAAUCAUGGAGAAAUCUUUAUCUGGCUAGAAAGACGUGGGCGUUGACUCUGCUAGAGCGCUGUGAAUCAGUCGACAAGAGCAUUCAGAAUCACACCGCGCGAACCAACAUUAUCCAUCGCGCCGUCGGCGUAGCUCUUGAGAACCUGAAAACACACGUGGGAACCCUGGAGCAUCGUUUUCAGGAAGCGCAAACCUGGGCGAAUGACUUGCUGAAGGAGCAACAAACAGCGCUCGACGGAUGGAAACGAGCCCUUGCGACCUUGGAGACCAUUCCUGCCCGCAAGGAUUUCCCAUUUCUAGGUCGUCCAUCUACGCCAAAGAAGGAGAAGGAGAAAGCGGCUGGGACGCUACGUGAUUAUGUGGACUCGGAAGAAGUACAGAAGGCUGGACAAGAAGCAGCGGUCGCAUUUUCUCAAUUCACUCAUCAGGUUGAAGAUGUCGAGAAAGCUGUGGGUGAGAUUGCGUCAGAUACGCAGCACUUGGUCGAUGGGACUGCGUCCCCAAGUGUCGAUGGUGUCGAGGGCCUUUUACAGGAAGUUGAGACGAUAUCUAAGAAAAUACAAUCCGACUAUGAACAUGUCUUGGCUCUGCCCAAUAAUCAGAAAACGCUGGCAAACGUUUCAAGACUUGCCCUGGGUCACACCAAAGAUCUUCUACCAUCGCUUCAGGAUAUUAGUGCUGAAGUCCAGGCUGCCCAGGAAGAAGCGGUCAGGCGGUAUAAUGACGCAGUCAAGGCUACCCCUAGCCACAUGCGACACAUAUCCGCCCUUGAAUCCCGUCUGUCUGAUGUGCAGACCCAAAUAAACAACCUCAACCUUCAUAGCGAUGCAUUUGAAACCAUCUACGCCGUGUUCCAUAUGCCCAUGGUCUAUGGGUCCAUCCUCAUCGAGUCUGUGCGACGUCACGAAUUCAGCGAAAAGAUGAAAACCGACUCGCUCACUCUGGCGGAAGAAAUGUCUGUCUUCCGUGACGAGGAGCAACGCCGGAGAAAGAAAUGGGUCAAGAAUAUGGGCGAGUUCGUUUCCGUCUCCGACACGACGACCCCGGGUAUUGAGGUGAACCUCAGAGGUCACGAGUUUCAAUGGCCUAUUGUCAACCGGAAGGAGAUCGAAUCUUACAUCGACGAUCUUAAAUCCAAACCGAGUAUGGCCAGCAUAGCUCAGGAUCUGACCCAGGACUUUAAGAAUUUGGAUGCUCCCACCCGCCUGCAGCGACGUAGGGCAAAGGCUUUCAAACAGGGCAGUGUCUUUGACUUGAGCCGCAGCUCUCUAUUAGUUCGCGGUGACGACAUGGUCCGCAGUCUUCGAGAUGAAAAAUCUAAACUCGAAGACAAGCUCAAAGGCUCCGAGAGCCGCAUUCGCAAGCUGGAAGAUCUUUUACAUCGACAGAGUCAUAUGGGCCGUCCGGCAAGCGGUAACUUCACCUUGGACUUUCCCAGCUCACCAGCAUCUCCUCAUCCCGAUCAGCUCUCGAGAAGGUCUUCUGUUUCGUCGAGGCGAAUGUCUGCCAAUCAAUCAUCGGAAGAGAAAGCACUUGUGCAACGCAUCGUCACCCUCGAGGCUGAGCUCGCUGGAGAGCGCGAGGUGGUGCAAAAGCUUCAGAAAGAAGCCCAUGCCGAGCGUCAGUCGAACACCGAUAAGAUAGAGGAGGCCCAGUCAACGAAGAAGGAUUUGAUCGGUAAUCUCGAAGCCCGGCAGCGUGAGUUCGACGAUGAACGGAGGUUUCUGGAGGGGGAAAAGAAGAAAAUUAAGAUUCGGGCUGAGGAGCUCGAGGAAGAGCUGGAUCGGAUUAUGGAUACGCGUGAGCACGAAAAGCAAGAUGCGGACGAACGUAUACAUCAUCUUGAAACUGAACUCCAAGAUGCUCAUAGUCGUGCCGAGAAUGAAAUCCGAAAGGCAGCCAUUCUUGUUGACCAGAUACAACCCUUGAAGGAGAAAGAAGAGAGCCUUCAAGUACGCAUCAGUGAACUUGAAAAGCAGGAAGCUGCAAGAGGAGAAAGGGACCAAGAAAAUCACCAUGCGCUGCAAGCCGCACUGAUGAAUUUAUCUCCUGGAGGGGUUGUUCCCGACCUCCUCCCUGAUAUUAUCAAGACCAUAGAGGUGCUUUCAGAGGGGCUGGCCAUCCAUGCUAAAACUGCCGAAGAAAAUGCCACGAAAGCGACCUCGGAAAGUAAAGCAUUGGCAGAGCGUGUGGGCCAAAUGGAAUCAGAAGUCCAAGAGUUGCGAACGAAUGCGGAGACACGUGAAUCCGAAAUUGCACGUGUUAGAGAACAACUUGCACAAGAAGAGUCAAAGCUUGCUUCUCUUACAUCUGAGCUGAAUGAUGAGCGCUCCAAGAUGAAGGCUUUGCAGUCGCAAUUCGACGCAGGCGAGACGGGCUCCGAUGCGCUUCGCGAAAGGGUCGUAGAAGAAGAGCGCAAACUUGCGAGCCUGUCACAGAGGUUGGCCGAGUCAGAGGCCCAGACUCGUAAAUCCGAGGGCGAACUCGUGGCAUGGAAACAAAAGGUUGAGUCCAUUUUCGAGUCCAAGCAGCAAGCUACAUCCCGAGCCGAGGUCUAUGCAUCACGCUGUAAAGAGCUCUCGAAGCAGCUGUUCGAUCAAGUGGAGAAGCAUGAGGGCAUGCUGGAGAACUCGGGCUUCACCGUCGUCCGGCAAGACGGAAACAUAGCUGUCCAGAGAUCCUCGAAAGUGAACGCCCUAUCGGGCACGGCGGACACACUUGCUCAAUCUGGGAUCGUGUCUGUCAGGCCAGACCCGAGCCUUUCCACCUGGAUGGAGGCGGAAAGCGGCGAAGAAGAGACCGACAGGUUCAUGGCAUUCAUGGAGUGCCUCGCUCAGUUCGACGUCAACAUCUUCAUGGAUGCGGUCGCUAGGCGACUCAAGGAUAUAGAGGUACUCGCCCGCAAAUGGCAGAAAGAAGCCAAGGGAUACCGUGAUAAGUAUCAUCGAGCCCAAGGAGAAGCUCAUGAUAAAAUUGCCUAUCGGUCUUUCAAAGACGGUGAUCUUGCUCUCUUUCUGCCGACUAGAAAUCAGGCCAUUCGAUCCUGGGCUGCGUUCAACGUCGGGGCACCACACUACUUCCUGCGCGAGCAAGAUGCCCAUAAACUGCAGGCCCGAGAUUGGCUCCUUGCCCGUAUUUCCAAGAUUGAGGAACGAGUUGUGGAUCUUUCCAAGCCAAUGAAUGCUGCCAAUCCUGACCGUCGAUCAAUCGGAGAGGUGAGCGACGGGACUUCUUUCGACGACGAAAAUCCAUUUGAACUCUCCGAUGGUCUUCGAUGGUAUUUGUUAGAUGCCACAGAAGAAAAGCCCGGCGCCCCGGCCACCCCGGGGCUCGGCAAAAGCACCGUUGCGCCCGCUCAUGUCGACGCCAGAGGCAGUAUUCGAUUGAAACGCACGACCGCUGGCGGCAAUGUCGCGAAAACCCUCUCGAAGAGUCUGGAUAGUCGCCGGAACAGCUCGGCUUCCAAGAAAGGGCCGCCGGGAACGCCCUCUCCGCGAGCCAACAAUGACUCUACUACGGACUUGACUCGAGCCUUUGAGACGGACACUACAGCCCCGACUGUUGGCUCGCAGUCGCGGGAGACGGAUCCUGUUUUCGACGAGGUUCGCCGCGAACUGCGUCAGGGCCCGUGA